AUGGGAUUCAGGUUUGGGCUCUCGGGGCUGAUAUGGUUGGCACAGACGGCGGCGCUUGCGUUUCUUGUGGUGAGCUGCAUCACGGCGCCAGUGGUGUCGGACCUUGGGUUGGCGGACGCGGACGGGGUGCAGUACGGCGUGUUCGGGUACUGCAUACAGGACCGGGGCUGUUCGCCGGUGUCCGCGAGCUACGGGCCGGAGCGGGUGUUCAGCGGGACGCAGUGGGCGAUGGGACAGGACAUGCGGCGGGUGCUCGGGCGGAUCCUCGUGGUAGCACCUGUGGCCGCGGGGCUCACGCUGCUGGCGGUGGUCUCGAACUUCGUGUCGCAGUUCUCCGGCGUGCACCGGCACGCCGGGAUUUUCGUGAGCAACCUGCUCUGGACGAUCCUCGCGUUUUUCAGCUCGGCGUUGUUGUGCAUAGUGGUGUGGCUUCUGUUCUGGCCGCACCUCACGUGGUGCGCGUACGUGUUGCUAGCUGCGGCGGUGAUCCACCUCUUCUGUGUGCCGUUGACGUUCCUGGCGCACUCGCAGGUGUGCCAGGACAGCGAUGACGAGUCCCUGCACGGCGCGCUCUCGUCGCAGAAGCUGAUGAAGCGCGAGGAUGACUACGCCAACAGCUUCAACAUGAACGAGUUGCACAAGACGGCUAUUGACUCCGACGUGAAGCAGCCGGGCUACUACAAGGUAGCGCCCGUCACCACGGGCGACGUGACUGACUCGACCAAAACCGACUAUACCGAUAUCUACGGGUCCCAGCAGGCACCGCCUCCUCAGCCGUACUUGCGCUCCACGCCUCAGAACAGAAACAGCUAUGUGGCCACGGAGCCGCAGACCACGUCUGCGGGGGGGAAUGGAGAGGAAUCCGGCAAAUGGGAGCAGCCGACCUUGGCGCCCUACCCAAUGACCGGAGGCUUUUCCGCGCAAGGGUAUAACCGGCCGUCUGGCCCUCCGAUCCCGCCCUACCCCUCCACCGGCAGCACGAAAGAUCGGACUGCGAACUACGACAGGGAGCGCCAUGACGCGCGCUCAGGAAUGGGGCCUACCGGCGAUCCCUCCUACUACCCCGCGGGGAUGGAGGGCGUUCAGCAACCUUACUCUGCGAUAAAUGACGCUUCCAAGAACGGUAUUCCUGCGGGCAGUACGGGCGACCACGCCAAAAACAAACUCCCGUAUGCCACUUCUACCACGGCUCGCAACGCCGAUCCGUCUGCAAGUGGAGUGCGGGGCCCCUAUGCGGAGGGUCUUCCAACGGCCUCUUCUUCCAACUACGAGGUUACUCAGCUCUCUUCAGGAAGGAUCACAGCGCGGCCGGCACAAUCGCCCGCCUAUCCCUCAUCGGCCGGGGAACCAGUAAAACAGCAACCAUAUCCGCGACAAUCUAGAAACUUGGAUUAUCCAAACCAACAAGACUUUGAUGAUGAGGAGUUUGUGAGGCAAAAUACGGUCGACCCCGAAGAAAGACCGCCGAUAGAGGAAGACGAUGGUAUCAAGGAUGACGACUCGGACUUUACUUCGGUAUCUCAGAGAGGUAUCAACCCAAAUUACUACACCAUUGCUGGCAAGCAAGCACCUUACCCACAGACUUUCUCUGCUCCGUUGCCGCAUAAUCAGGCAAUCUAUCCGGACCAGCCAUAUGCUGGUCCUCCACCACCAGAUGCUUACCAGACAAGUAAUAGUCUGGGCAUGAGCCGGCAGGGAGCACACCAGCAGUAUGUGUCGCAGGGCUACACGCCGCAACCGCAGGGCUACCAGGCUUCGGGGUACUAUUCCGCUCCGUCAACCAGUCAGCCGCGCGCGCCAGACACUUCAGAUAUGCUCCUCCAGAAUAACCCUGACUUUAUGAUAGGUGGGGCGGCUUCCAAUAAGGCCGCCAGGUUCGGUGGGCCCGGUCAAAGAGUGCAGCAGAGUGCAGGAUCUACCACAGCCCCUGCCACUUUGUAUAAACCAGCAUACAAGAAGCGGAUGCAGAAGUCGAAAGGAAUGGUGGCCGCCUCGUUAAGCAGAGAUAGCCCCUACGGCGGCAGAUAG